UGAAGACCGUAUGUGUCACUAGUGUCAUUAUGCAAAAGUCAAGUCGUGUUGUGUGCUGUGUUUAGUAAAGCUGAUACAGUUGGUGAUAGUUCUACAAACCGUGUGAGUCUCGGUAAAUUUAUACCAAUUAUGUUUAUGUGAUAUUUUCGAAAUGCUGUCCAAUAAAAGUUUGGUGGCAGCCUGUGCCGUUGCGUUCUGCUGCAACGUGGCCUUAAUGGUUUUGUUUGUAAAGUAUAAUUCUGGAGAGAAAUGCUACAUUACAAUCGACGAAAAGCAGGUGGUAACUUCCACAAUCCCAGACGACUUCCUUAGCAUCGGCAUCGACACAUCUGAAAUAGAACAUUACGAUAGAAUCGAGUUUGGCAAGCCGAGACUGCGACAACUUGCAGCAGCAUUAGCGCCGGCGCGUCUGCGCCUGGGCGGCACCAUGUCUGACCGACUUAUAUUCAGCGAGAACGACAUUGUAGCGUCCUGUGAACACUGCCACUCUAAAGACUCACACUCCAAGUCAGCCUGUGCUGCUGUUAGAAAGUUAUGCAAACACAAGCAUUUGCCAUUUUUCAUCAUGACUGGUAAAAAAUGGACAGAAAUUAAUGAAUUUUGCAAAGCUACUAAAAAUAAAUUAUUAUUUGCAUUUAAUGUUUUGCUUCGCGAUGACCAUGGCUGGUAUGAUCAAAAUGCAAAGGAUAUUCUGGAAUAUAGCAAAGCUAAACAUUUCACUGUAGACUGGCAGCUUGGUAAUGAGCCAAACUCAUUUGAACAUGUUUUCAAUAUAUCUGUGACUCCAGAGAUGUUAGCCCAUGAUUUCAAGAAGCUUCGUAAACUACUUAAUGAAUUUGGCUACAAACAUUCCUUGUUAGUUGGCCCAGACACAACUAGACCACAGCCCAAAAGACCUUAUUGCCUAGAGUACAUGAGGGAAUUCUUGGGAAAUGGUUCCAAACAAGUAAAUGUAGUAUCCUGGCAUCAAUAUUACUUAAACAGCCGCACUGCAACACUUGAAGAUUUCUGGAAUCCAAGUACAUUUGAUUUAUUGAAAGAACAAAUUGAAACUAUGAGAAAUCAUACGAAAAAAUAUAGGCAUAUGCCGAUGUGGCUGACAGAGACGAGCAGCUCGUAUGGAGGAGGAGCACCAGGGCUUUCUAAUUCUUUUGCUGGAAGUGCUUUAUGGCUGGACAAGUUAGGCCUAUCUGCGAAAUACAAUAUUACUACUGUAGUAAGACAAAGUUUUAUUGGAGGAAAUUACAGUCUUGUUGAUAAAAAGUUGGAACCUCUGCCAGACUGGUGGCUGAGUGUUAUUUACAAGAAGCUUGUUGGAAGCAAAGUACUACAUGUUGACUGCAAAUGUUCUCCCUUGCAGAGAAUGUAUGUGCAUUGUGCGAACAGGAAAUACACCAAUGAUACUUCAGCGAUAACUGUCUAUGCUGUUAACUUAGAAAUGGCUAAAGCAAGGUUCUUGUUAAAUGGCACUGCAUUGCAUGGAGAUAAUUUAAUAAUUGACGAGUUUAUACUGAGUGCUCCAUCUAAUAAUAGGAGAUCAAAGACCUUAUUAUUAAAUGGUUGGCCCCUGUAUUAUGAAUCUGCUUUGCCUGAUCUGGAACCUGUACGAUUAAAAUAUGGUAACCACAUCUCUAUGCCUCCUUACUCUUUGGCAUUUUGGGUCAUAAAGAAUACCUCCAUAAAAGUUUGCAUUUAAAACAUUUCAUAUCUGCAUUUACAGUGUUUUUAUCAUUUGUACUUAACAUUCCAGUGAAAUAUUACUGAGCCCCAAUGCAGAUCUGUUAUAUUUACAAAACUCGGUGCCUACGACUCAUAUGUAGGUUCCUUAAUACCAUUGAAACAAUGAAAACGAUUGCUUUGAAAUUGUUUAAUUAAUUUAGAAUAUUUAAUUCAGUUAAUUAUAUCUCAUGCACCCAGUGAAUAAGGAAUUUAAUCCAAACCAUAAGUAGUUAACUUUUAUUUCAUCCAACCAAUUACUUUUCAAUGUAAAAAUAUAAUUCAAGCUACAACAGUAUUUAUAAAACUCGAAUAGUUAUUUAUUUUUUGUAUAAAUAUUGUUUUAUGCACAGCCAUUGUGUCUGUGUUCUAUAUACAUACCCCGACGACAAUUUAGUAAUAAGUAAAAAUAAUAAUGAAGAACUGUUAAAAAUAUGAAACUCCUUAUAAUGAGUAAUAAUGACACUUGUUACAAUAUCUUCGCUUGCCUUGAAAAAUAAUAAAGUCCGGGCUGUUUACAUUUUAAUAUCUCGAUUUCCAUUUUGCUUCGUCUUGACAAUAUAAUUAUCUUGAAUUGUUGACAAUAGCUAGCCUUGUCCACCAGUCAAGGAGAAUUAUUCUUCAUUUAACAUUGAACUACUGUCACCACUUGAUAAGACUACGAUCUAGAUGCAUAAGCUAUGCCUAAAUAGUUUCAUAUAACUAGCAAACAAAGAUAUGUCUGUACCUAUGUUUACAUCUAUCAAUUAAUAGAGGCAAUUUGCUUUAGUCAUGUGACAAACCAUAUAGCAUUUUUAGAUCUCUUUAUACACUAAAUAUAAGCUUAAAUGAAUGUCAUAUAAAGUGAUGUCAUCUUUUACUACUGUUAUCUGUUAUUGUAAUUACAACAAAUAAUAUUUUCUAAUUAGAAUAGUAUGCGUAAUUUAUAGUCGACAGAAGUCACAGUUGACCAUUUUUCAAGCUUAUUAUAAGAAUGGAAAAUAGUCAGCGAUUAAUAUUGUCGAAGUCUUUUGAUCUGUACAUUUGUACUUGUAUUGUAUAUUUUUAUGAAUGUUGUGACUUGGUAUAUAAGACACUUACUAUGUAAUCCCUGUGCCAUGCUUUAAAAGAAUUAUUACGAAUGUUCUACUGAUAUAUAAAGGUGCUUAAUUACCUGUAACUAAAUAGAUAUAUGAAUAAUGUAAUUGGCUUCACAACACAUUCUCAUUCAUCAUGUUUACAGAUUUUCCAAACUAGGUAGUUAUUUUUAUUUAAAUGUUAGUGUACCCACGCUAAAGUAAAUACUUUGCAUAAAUUCCGUGUUAUUAGUAACGAUUACCGAAAUGUGACCUACACUGAUUGGAAUUAUUUAAGUAAUUGAAUAUUGCAACUUUAAUACUUUAUUUUAUCAAAAACUAUUACUUAUUAUGUUCAAUAAUACUUGUACACAGACCAUGUAAAUAUUUUAUUUUAUACAUACAGUUGUACACAUCUAUACUAUUUUAAGUUUUAAUGAUAAUAAUUUGAAUCCAUACCAUCAGAAAUGUCAUAAUUGGGUAGCCUUGUUUCAAGGACACAGGAGUUUUACAAAGAGACAAUGUCAGUACAUAGUUAGGUACAAUACUUAAUUGGCAUUGUGAUUACAUUCAAUUGUUAUAUCAACAUAUUUAAUUUUAUAAUUAAACACAAUAUUUUAUGCAAAGUGUUUACGAAUUUCAAUACAUUAGUAACAUGUAGUAGUUACUUCAUUACAAUAUUUGUAAUCUAAAUAUAUUAUUUGAAUGAUUAAGUUCGUGAUUAGAUUUAUGAUGUGACACAAUUGUGAAUGUUUUCUUUGUAAUUAUAUAAGUUUCUUUGUCGAUUUUAUUAUCUAAGCUGUGUAGUAUAAUUCACUUCCACUACUCAUAAAUAUAUGUUUGUAAUAGGUAAAAUGUUGUUGAUAGUUCCAACAAUGAAUCUUCUAUCAGAAUUUCUUCCUUAGUGUCAAUAAGCUAUGUUUCAAAGAUCUCAAAAUGCUUGGACUCAUUUAAAUGUCCCAUUUAUGAAAUGCAUUCAAUAACAUCAAAUAAUUAUAAUUGUCCUCAUUCUAACGACAUUACUAUCUUGGUAUUUACUUAUUUAGUGUUAAUCACUAUAUUUUUUUAUUUAUUUAGAAUGUUUUUGAACAAAUUUUUAUCUAAGCUUGUUUUUUAAGCUUAAUAUUGAUAUAGUUCAUUUUAUUAUUGUAAAGAUAAAUACAUAAAAUGCUUAUUGAACAUUUUGGCCAAGUUGAAUACAGGUAAAUGAGGUAGGCAUGUAGUAGUUUCAUUUUCACAAUAACGAAAAUUAUUUUUCUAUGUUGUUAAUAUGCGGUGCCUAAUUGUAAGACUGAUUAGUAUUACACAUAUGUUGUUUUUCCAUCGUGCCUGAUACUUUGUUGAACAAUAUGACGGAUUGGUUAUUGUGUUACAAUGACUUUCUAGCGUCUUCAAGAGUCUAUUCAGACUAUUCAGUGCAUAACUAGUUUGAUAUAAUUAUCUCGAGUUCAUAUUAUUAUCACAAAACGUGUCCUUGAAAGCCCUUUAUAAUCCACUUUAGAAACCAUUCUUGACAGUAAAAUAAUUAACUAAUUUUAAUAUUUCAAAAUAACAUGUUUCAUAGUAAUUAUACAAUACCUAAGAUCUAUACUUAAUUACAUUUAAAGUGAUCUCUUUGAAAAGCUAUAUUCUAAAUAAUAUCCCGAUAAAGUAAUUAAUUUAUCACAUCGAUGAUUGUUGAACUAUCAAAAUUGGCUCCCAAAUAUAUUUGCGUCAAGGAUAGCCUAUUAAUUAGUUAAUUAAUGCAAUAUACUGGACUGUUGGAGCACUUUAAAGUGAUUGUAAUCGACUUUAACCAAUACCAAACAAGAACACAAAGUAAAAUAAUAAUAAAAUAAAAAUAUCGAAUUUGAAAUUGAACAAAUUAAACUAUUAUACUUCUAUGAUUCCUUCUAUGAAUCUAUGAUUCCAAAUAUAUAAUUAUGUACCAAUCUAACUAAAUAAAUCACGUGUAGAUUAGCUAUCAGACAAUUAUUCGUUCAUGUUUUACUAGUAUAUAUAUAAUUACCUAAUUAAACAUGUUUCAGUAGUUAUCGGUACAAUAAAUGUUGAUUGUGUAACGGCAAAUAUAAAUUACAAUGUAAUCGAUCCGUUUUAAAGCUUCGAUAAAAUUGUACUGCUGCGUAACAGUAGUUAAUAAUGAUUACUUGCUUCACUUUUGAUCUUAUAUAAAUGUAUUACCGUAUGGGGAGAUCUCUUAUGAUUUAAUUUAAAGCACAUAUUAGUUACCAUCUCGGCUGAUAAUAUACGAAAAAUUAGCGAAACAGUACAGUAGGUAAGCCAAAAUGUGCAUUUUUCAAAAGUGGACUAGUAAUACUUGUGAUUUUAUUUAAGUCGUAUGAGUGAUCUCCAUACUGUAUAGGAUUAGAUAUUAUACGAACUAUCUUAUGAUACAACUGCCCUUUAAAGCAUUCGUGUGUUGUGCCUUUUAAUGAAGUAUCUAAUCUACGAUUCUCAUGCAAUUAUCUGUGUGCCUGUAACUAAUAAAUUUAAGCUUAAAUAAUCGAUGGGUUUACAAUAUUUAUAGAUAUAUAAUCAAUAGUCUGUAAGACCCAAUCUCGCAUAAAAAUUUUGAAUCUUCAUACCUAUACUAUACUAUCAAUUUGCUAACCACAGCCACAAUCAGAACCACAAUAUAAUUUAAAAUAAAAAAAGAUAAUGAAAAUAAAAACCGCAGUCCAAAAAUAAAAUGUAGGUGCCUACUAAAUAAAAGUGGGUUCUUUCUGUACCUAUGUAAAGCUACAUGGGUACUACUGGGUGGUUCCAGGAAAUUUUGAUCCACAUUGUGCAUUGUACACUGUAAGUCUAAAACCAUUAGGUAAUAUGUAUAAUAAAAUACGUGCGAAAACUAUAUAUAGUGCGAACAUUCAUAGUUUGUUCUGUCUGUUUCAUUAUACUGCGAACCUACUUAUACGUAUGUUACGAGUAAUUUCUAAAUAACGUUGUUGGUAAUACAUUCUUAUAUUUCUUUUUAAUUUGGAAUAUCGACUGUUGUAUUGUUGUACAAGUCAGUAAGUCAACCUGUCGCACUAAUUGAAAGAUACUUUAUAAUUAUUAUGAGUUCACGAUGUUUGCGUGUUCUAAAACAUCGUGAUUCAUAUACAUAGAUUACAAACAAAUAAAAAAAUAUAAAGUAUUUUGUGAUAAUUGAUGUCAAUUGAAGCGAGUUGCUGGUUUUUGCUAUAGGGACAUUGUCAAUAACAACUAAUUGAUUGCGUCUAGGUAUCCCUGGCAGACGAGCUAGAUACCUAUUGAUGUGUAAUAGGUACAUAAACAUUCAGUCAUUGUUUUCUUAAAAAUGGCACGCUCUCAGUCAUGUCUAAGUAACAUUCAGGUUGUAAACUUUUGUUGGACUGUCAUAUUAUGUACUUCAGUACCUGACUCUUUAUGGUCUGCACAGUUAUUUGGUACGGAGGUAAAGAGUAAAGAUCGACUUCAGAAAGACGAGUUCAGAAAGAGAGUACACUAUUGUUACACUAAAUUAUAUGGGUCAUAAUAAAGCCAUGUUUUGGUCGACUUUGUAGUCAAUGGUUACUGUUUCUGUACUGAAUCAAUCUUUAUUUUCGUACCUACGUAGGAAAUAAAUGUGCAGAUCAGGGCUAUUAUCCGUAAAGGUAAACUAGGCAAGUUUCCACAACGCCAGGUUAUAGAGGGAAUGCGCGUCAUAGAGUUGGGACGUCAAAAACAAUUAGGCGCGCCUAUCUAGUGCUUGCCUAGGUUUCUCUCUGGGUUUAAUCCGCCUCUAGUGCAAAUUGUACAUCAAUUUAAUAUUGUAUGCAUGUCUAUUAAUCUACCGAGCUACCUCUCUAAAACUGAGAAAAUCGUUUGUAUGUGAAGCUUACCUUGUUCCAACAAAGGUCGUUGUAAAUCUCAAAUAACUAUUUAAAUGUCAUCUGUAGUUAAAUUAAGUGUAUGCUUAAAAACAAAUGAAUCAAAGUAAUGUCUAGCUUCAUGGUGCUUUCUAUUAUCUUCUACGUACAAACUUGCACAUUACGUAAUUAUACUGAUUAAAUAAAUAUUUAUGUUAUUGACA